AUGGAGACAUGGGUAUCUAUCGCCAAUCAAUUGGACGCAAUCCGUUUCGCUCCGGCUCUCCGUUGUCAAUUGAUUGGCAUUUUGGCUACUGCAUCUUGUCAGAUUCAAUGGUUUCCCGGCGCAUCUAACGAGCAGCGACCAAUUCCACGGCAUCCUCUCCGCAAUCUUUGUUCCGGUGCUUGCGAUCAGGCGGCCGUCACCUCCACCGCCAUCACCACCACCUCUUCCCCCUCGGAUGCUUUGGCAGGGCGCCUGCCAUUUGCGUCCGCCAAUGUCUCAUCUUCCGAAUCGAACCUCAUCAUGUCGCGUCGCCUUCUUCUUGGCGUCGUCUUGCUGCCGUAUCUUUCACUGAUUUUCCGUCAUUUUCUUGUGCGAUGGCCUGUUUCUGGUCACGAGUCCCCUUUUGCACUCAGAGCGGUUUGCACCAGCGCAGAUGGACCCAGCAAUCGAUCAUCGCACGGCACACAUGUCAUAUAA